AUGAUGGCACCUGUUACGUUCUGUCUGCAGUUGUUGGGAAUUGUGUGCCUACUGGCGACAGCCACCAGCAGAGAGGUCAACCAGUUCCCAGAGGGCUUCCUGCUGGGAGCCGCCACCGCCUCCUACCAGAUAGAAGGCGCCUGGAACGAGGAUGGCAAAGGAGAAAGCAUCUGGGACCACAUGUUGCACGAGCAUCCAGAAUACGGCAACAACGGGGACAAUGGGGACGUGGCCUGUGACUCGUACCACAAGUAUGCCGACGACGUGCAGGCGCUCAAGGACCUGGGGGCUAAAGUAUACCGUUUCUCUAUCUCUUGGCCUCGCAUACUACCUAAUGGGGACCUGGACGUGAUCAACCAGCCGGGAAUCGACUACUACAACAAUCUCAUCAACCUAUUACUGGAGAACGAUAUCCAGCCACUGGUGACGAUGUUCCACUGGGACUUACCGCAAGCUCUGCAGUACAUAGGUGGCUGGCCUAAUCCCAUCCUCGCCGACUACUUCCUCGAGUACGCCAGGGUGCUCUUUGACAACUUCGGCGACAGGGUGAAACUGUGGACGACGUUCAACGAGCCCAUCUCUUUUACUCGCGGCUACGCUAGCAGCGGCGGGCAGGCCCCGUCACAGAACGCUUCUGGUAUCGGAGACUACCUGGCUUCGCACACCGUCAUCAGGGCGCACGCCAUGGUCUAUCGGCUGUACGACGAGCAGUACCGCUCCACGCAGAACGGCAGGGUCGGCAUCACACUGAGCACUAACUGGUACGAACCUCUGGACGACCGGGAGGAGACGCUGGCAGCACAGGAGCGAAUGUUCCAGUUUGAGCUGGGCCUGUACGCGAACCCUAUCUUGGUCGACGGCGACUACCCGGCCGUGGUGCGGGAACGUGUGGACAACAACAGCAGAGCCGAGGGUCGACCCAGGUCGCGCCUGCCCAGCUUCACGGAAGAGGAGAAGCGGAUGAUCAACGGAUCUGCAGAUUUCCUUGGAUUCAAUUCAUACACAACAAUGACGGUGUUAUCUCGAGAGCAUGGUAUCUCUCCAUCAAUGGACCGUGACUCGGGAGUCGUCAGGAUGCCCAACUACACCUACCCUACCAGCUCCGCGUUCUGGCUCACGGUUGUGCCAUGGGGUUUCCGCCGAGUUUUGGACUGGGCGUCUACAAGGUACCCAAACUACCCAAUCAUCGUUACAGAGAAUGGUUACGCUGACUAUGGAGACCUGGAUGAUCAAGAGCGCAUCAGCUACUAUGGCCAAUACCUGGCAGAAAUGCUGAAAGCUAUUAACGAAGAUGGGGCAAAUGUAAUCGGAUAUACAGCAUGGAGCCUUCUGGACAACUUGGAAUGGAAUUCUGGUUUCAGUGUGAAAUUCGGUAUCUACCACGUGGAUUUCAACAGUACUGAGAGGACAAGGACGCCAAAGGCCUCGGCAAGCUUUCUUGCUGGCAUCUACAGGAAUAUGAGUGUACCAGAAGAAUACUUCCAGUAA